AUGGUCCGACGUCAUCAUUUUUUCCUCGGCAACUACAUUGCGCACGCGGCAACGAUAACGACCCUUCCGGGGGAAACAUGGGUAGACGUUACACUGGCUACAGUACUGGCACUACUAUUCCCUGUGUCGGGAGUGGUUCGUGGAGUGCGCGCAAUACAAAGUUUGGCAAUCUUUGGGCGUAACGACCUGGAAAAGGCGGCAAGGGCAAGGGCGCUCGCCGUGAUCGUGGAGAAAGACGUUCGAGGAGAUGUUCCGAGUUCAACAAAAAUCCACGGUGCAUACUAUCCCCAUGACGACUACACUCUAAAAUUUAUUCCGAAGUACACAAAAUCUAAAGCCACUGCAGACUCUGUGCAAAUUUCCUGCAACUAUAAUGUUGUAAAAAUACUUGCCUCCAUUGGUCAAACUAUCUUUGAGGCUGUAACUCUGUACCGAGCUCGAGGCGACCAGAUUGAUCGCUACGGGUAUGCGUCCUUUGGUCUUACCGUGACCCCUUAUAUAUUCAUGUCGGUUGUCAACCUGCUCGGAAACCUCGUAUGCCCUACGUAUUCAACAAUAUUUAUCGUCAGGUCGAAUAGCCUACGCUAUCCAUACAACGUAGACGGUACUGUCGGAGAUAUCAAGGACAUGGGACCAGCGGGAAGGCGAAUUUCACUCUAUGCUUCUACCGUCAUCAACUGGGUCAUCGCCGCGGUAUGCGCUGCCGCUCCAAUCGCCAUCAUUGGAGGCAUGUCGUCAUUUCAAAGUGGCUCUAGCACGCUGCCUCAGCGGGUAUGGACCAUGACCUGGCUGGUAUUAGGCAGCAGCUUGGUCAUCAUCGUAGACACAAGCAAGCAUAUCCUAGACGCAAGACGCCGCUACCUGAUCUUGCAGAAAAAGUACGAAGAAGAGUUGAAAAAGCUGGUUUCUGCAUUUGAAAAAAUCACUGGGAAGUUUAGGACAGCGAAGGAAAAAUUUGAGGCCGAAGCCAGACCUAAUAAUGACUUAAUACAGCAAAUUACAACUGGCGCGUUAUUGCCGGUGAAUAUGGACACAUGGGAGCUCCAGAAGAAAGAAAUCCUUGGACCGGCAAAAGAACUGGCGGACGAGCUUGGAAAAAUGCCCAGGGGAAGGCUCUACAAACUAGGAUUAGAUGAGUUCAAGCGGAGGAACAUGAUCAGAGAUCUGGAGACCCUAGGCUGGGAGAUUGUAACGAUGAAGGAGGUGCACAGAAUAAGAGAAGUCUGGAGCAUUAUGCAAGAGAACUUCUUGCCGUCUAGCCGUGGGGACACAGAGCCCAUGGAGCUAGAGUCAACACGAAAGAGUAUGUCCGAACGGAAACGGGAUCUAGCGGACGUACAUCCGUUCCAGCAUCGCGAGAAUGACUUUUAUAUAUGGCUCGGGCUGUUGGUCGUGUGUGGUGCACCUGCAAUCGGAGGCUUUGUUGUGGUUGGGCAAAUGAUCAUAGACUACGGUGUUUGCAUUCGUAUCGCUUGA